AUGAAUAACAACGACCUCAUUGACUGCCGUCAUCUGGUCUUCUAUGAAUACAAACGAGGUUCAACUCCGACCCAGUGCUUGAGGAACAUAAAUGGAGUCUUUGGCGAGAAGACUGUUGGUUUCUCAACAGUUUUUCGUUGGUAUCAGAAGUUUCAAAAAGGAGAUUGGGAUUUGUCCGUGAAACCGAAGACGAAGACGUCCAAGUUCUCGGUGCUGGCCAGGAAAAGGUUGUUGGAUCUCAUCAAGGAAAGACCGCAGAUUUCCGUUGCAGAGUUGUCUGAGCAGCUGUGCAUUUGUUUGGUGGCUCUUGAGCGGGAAUUGCAGAAAAUGAACAUCUUCAAGGUGAAGGUAGGCUGUGAAUUCGUUUUGGUUUUGUCUUUAGGUCGGUGGGAGCGAAAUAUUACAUAAUGAAAAGUCGAAGAAUUUUAAUUUCACUCAUUUUAGGAUAAGUGGGUGCAUUACGUUGACAUGACGCAUGAGUCUUCUCAGGGAUCAGAGGAGAACGUAGCGCCGGCGAAGAAAUGA